AAAUAAAGCUAACGGUCAGUGCUACUGAGAGCAGAAAUGGAGCAGCAGGCAGUUCAGCUGGAUCGGGAAACUUUCUCCUGUCCCAUCUGUCUGGAUCUACUGAAGGAUCCGGUGACGACUCCCUGUGGACACAGCUACUGCAUGAACUGCAUUAAAAACUUCUGGGAUGAAGGAGAGAAGAAGAAAAGCUGCCAUUGUCCUCAGUGCAGGAAAUCCUUCACACAGAGGCCUGACCUACAGAAAAACACCAUGCUAGCAGCUUUAGUGGAGCAGCUGAAGAAGACUGGACUCCAAGCUGCUCCUGCUGACCACUGUUAUGCUGGACCUGAAGAUGUGGCCUGUGAUUCCUGCAUUGGGAGAAAACUGAAAGCCAGCAAGUCCUGUUUAGUCUGUCUGGCCUCUUUCUGUGAGAAACACCUUCAGCCUCAUUUUGAUUCAGCUGCAUUUAAGAAACACAAGCUGGUGGAGCCGUCCAAGAACCUCCAGGAGAACAUCUGCUCUAAGCAUGAUAGGUUGGUGGAGGUUUUCUGCCGCACUGAUCAGAAGUGUAUCUGCUAUCUCUGCUCUGUGGAUGAACAUAAAGGCCAUGAAACAGUGUCAGCUGCAGCAGAAAGGACUGAGAGGCAGAGAGAGCUGGAGGAGAGACGAGGAAACAUCCAGCAGAGAAUCCAGGAGCAGGAGAAAGAUGUGAAGCUGCUUCAGCAGGAGGUGGAGGCCAUCAAUCGCUCUGCUGAUAAAACAGUGGAGGACAGUGAGGAGAUCUUCACCCAGCUGAUCCGUCUCCUCCAGAAAAGAAGCUCUGAGGUGAAGCAGCAGAUCAGAUCCCAGCAGAAAACUGAAGUGAGUCGAGUCAAAGAUGUUCAGGAGAAGCUGGAGCAGGAGAUCAUUGAGCUGAAGAGGAAAGACGCUGAGCUGGAGCAGCUCUCACUCACAGAGGAUCACAACCAGUUUCUCCUCAACUACCCCCCACUGCCAGCACUCAGUGAGUCCACACACUCAUCCAGCAUCAACAUUCGUCCUCUGAGACACUUUGAGGACGUGGCAGCAGCUGUGUCAGAGCUCAGAGACAAACUACAGGACGUCCUGAGAGACUCAUGGACAAACAUCUCACUGAUGGUCACUGAGGUGGAUGUUCUACUGUCAGAACCAGAACCAAAGAGCAGAGCUGGAUUCUUAAGAUAUUCACGUAAAAUCAUUCUGGAUCCAAACACAGCAAAUACCGAGCUGAGACUAUCAGAGGGAAACAGGAAGGUGACAUGGAUGAAUCAGGAUCAGACUUAUUCUAGUCAUCCAGACAGAUUCACGUUUUAUCUUCAGGUUCUGAGUAGAGAGAGUCUGACUGGACGUUGUUACUGGGAGGUGGAGUGGAGAAGGGGAGUUUAUGUAGCAGUGGCAUACAAGAGUAUCAGCAGAGCAGGAGGAGGGGAUGAAUGUAAAUUUGGAUAUAAUAAUGAAUCUUGGGCAUUAGAUUGUUCUCAAAAAACUUAUGAAUUUUGUCACAACAACAUCUGGACCUCCAUCUCAGGUCCAGUUUCCUCCAGAGUCGGAGUGUACCUGGAUCACACAGCAGGUAUUCUGUCCUUCUACAGCGUCUCUGAAACCAUGACUCUCCUCCACAGAGUCCAGACCAGAUUCACUGAACCGCUACUGGCUGGAGUUAGGAUUAAUAAGAUUGGAUCCUCUGCAAAGUUCUGUAAACCCAGAUAGAUUUCCUCUUUCCUCUCAGAUUGUUGAUCAGGGUUGUUAGGAAAAUUAUUAUCUUAGUUAAUUUACUUUUAUCUAAGUACAUUUACUUUUAUUUGAAUGGUUAUGUUUUCAUAUUAUGCUGUGUGUUGUUUUCUUGUCUCCUUAUUUUUAUGGUAUAUUCUUAACUGUUUUUUAGGUUUUCUCUUAAGGGUUAGAGAUGUUUUACAUAUCCUUGUGUUACGAGCUGCUUUGAUCUUUAUCUGUAUCCUGAUAGCGGUCAUCCUUGUGUCCUGGCAAGGACACAACGGAAGACUUCGUCAACGGAAGACUUCCAGAACAUCCUGUGGGAUAGUGUAUUGGUCAAUUGUUUGCAUGACUGUGUGAAAAAGCCAACUUCUUUGUGUAUUCACAUAAUAAAAGGCAGUUGGAGACUGAGAGCUGGCAGAGUUGAUCCCAGACAGCGUUUGCUAGCGGUUCUCCGUGUCGGGCUCUUCUCCCCUCUUCUGCAGAAAAGUAAUUUUUGUCUUUGGUUGAUUCUUGCAGGUUGGGGAACAAAAUAAAUCCAACAAGGGUUCAUGGUUCUGAAGUUUCUGCUCUGCUGUUCUUAUCUUUCUUAUUUUUCCGGUUUAGUUCUUUUUGUUACAGGAGAAAUGAAGGAAAUCACUGUUGAUAAUUUCUUUCAUUCUUAUCACAGAAAUAAUUAAUGAAAAUCAAAACUUUUCUGGACUCUAAUAGUUUUCCUUUAAUUUCCUUAUCCAUGUAUUUUGAUGUUUAAUUUGUUGUUAAUCAGUUGAGAUCAAAGGAUCUGAACUUGUUUCUGUUUUCUAUAUUGUGAUCAAAAAAACCUGGAACAUCAAAUCAGAACUGAUGCUGUUUUCUUCUCAUAUUUUUAGAUUUAUAUCAUAAAAAAUGUCUGUUGUUCUGGAUCUUUGGACUUCUUCAAUAAAGGAACUUGA